AUGAGGUUCAACAGUAUUACCUCCUUAAAAUUCUUCCUCCUCUACCUCUUUACACUCUUUACAGAUCUCCAAGCCUAUACCCCGGUGAACCAUUUCACAAUCAGUUGCGGCACCAUUGGAACAUCCUACGACGGUGAAAGGACAUGGACAGGGGACACAGGUUCAAUGAUCUUGUCCCAUCAAGAGGGCACAGUUUCCGCUAAUGCCACAACACCACAAUCUAAUACCACCCUUCAAGUCCCUUACACCACAGGACGCUUGUCUCGUUCCCAAUUCAAUUACUCCUUCCCCGUCACCCCAGGCUCCAAUUUCCUUCGCCUCUUCUUCUACCCGGCUUCCUACCCUUCCUUUCCCAGCACACGCGCAUCCUUCACCGUUCAUUGCAACCAAUUCACCCUCCUCAACGAUUUCAACUUUGACGCAGAAGACAAGAAACCCAUCUUCAGAGAGUACGUGAUCAACGUUUACAACGGUGAGAGACUCAACCUCAGCUUCACUCCCUCACAACCAAACUCCUACGCUUUCAUCAACGGGAUUGAGGUGUUUUCCAUGCCAAGCAAUCUCUAUUACAUGUCAGCACAUGACGCGGGCUUCAAGCUCGUGGGGACCGACACGCUGUACUACGUUAGAACCAACACUGCUCUGCAGACAGAGUAUAGACUCAAGGUAGGAGGACAAGGAAUUUCGCCGCGAAACGACACCGGUUUGUUCAGAAACUGGGCUGAUCUCGACGAACAUUAUUUAAUUAAACAAGAAAAUCCAAACAACAAUGAUCUGGUAGGCGACGUGGAUGUUGCGGAUGGUAAGAUGAACAUAACCGUGAACCCUGAUUAUGUGGCACCCAAGGAACUGUACAGAACAGCGCGUACCACGAAGAGAUCCCUUAAGUUGACUUGGGAGUUCGCCGUUGACCCUGGUUUCAGUUACCUGCUCAGGCUCCACUUUUGCGAACUUGAUCCGAAUAUAACUAAAAUCGGUGACAGGGUGUUCUUCAUUUACAUAGGGAGCGACUUGGUUGGGGAUCGUGCUGAUGUUAUGAGAUGGAGCCAGCAACAAAAAGGUCUCGCAGUGCAGAAAAACUACGUCGUUUUGAUUCCCAAAAAUGAUACUCAGAAAAAGGUUAGUCUCUCGCUCCAAUUGCAUCCUUAUGAGAAUUCGAGCAAUCCGUUCUUGAACGGUCUCGAGAUCUUCAAAAUCAGCGACUCUAACAACCUCGCCCGACCUAACGCGCAGAACGGCAUAACAGUAGAGAAGAGGAGGAGCAGAAAACUAAUAAUUAUCAUAGCAGGGGUGGUAUCCGGCGUCCUUUUCCUCUCGCUGGUUUGUUUCUUCGUCGUUUCGUGGGCGAGAUCCAAGUUCGGUCCACACUUCUCAACGCACGGACCAUCAACCAACGCGAAGUUUUACAGGAAUUACCAGUGGCCGUUCGAUCUUCUCUGCCAGCGCUUCUCUCUCAUCGAGAUCAAAGCCGCCACCAACAACUUCGACGAUGCCUGCGUCGUUGGCAUCGGAGGAUUCGGCCACGUGUAUAAGGGCUUCAUCAACGAUAUUUCCAUCCCGGUGUCUAUCAAGCAGCUCAAACCAGGUUCAGAGCAGGGCUUCAUCAACGGAAAUUCCAUCCCGGUGGCUAUCAAGCGCCUCAAACCGGGUUCAAAGCAGGGAGCUGAAGAGUUCGUGAACGAGAUCGAGAUGCUCUCGCAGCUCCGCCAUCGCAAUCUCGUUCCACUCAUCGGCUACUGCAACAACGAGAAGGAGAUGAUCCUGGUAUACAAUUUCAUGGCACGUGGCAACCUCCGCGACCAUCUCUACAACAGUGAUAAGCCUCCUUUGCCAUGGAAGCGACGCUUGCAGAUUUGUAUCGACGCGGCGCACGGGCUGCAUUAUCUUCACAGAUGCGCCAAGACAUACACGAUCAUCCACAGCGACGUGAAAACCACAAACAUCUUGUUGGAUGAGGAGUGGGUGGCCAAGGUUUCGGACUUUGGGCUUUCCAGAAUUGAGCCCACGGGUGGGUCCGAGGCCCAUAUCUGCACCACCGCCGUGAAAGGUAGCUUUGGGUAUAUAGACCCGGAGUAUUAUAAACGGCAGCAUUUGACGGAAAAGUCUGACGUGUACUCUUUCGGGGUAGUGCUGUUUGAGGUACUGUGCGCUCGUCCGCCUCUGAUCCACACCCCGGAGCCAAGACAGGAGUCGCUUGGUAAUUGGGUUAGGUACUGUUACAAAAAUGGGACCAUGGCACAGAUAUUGGACCCCACGUUGAAAGGGAAGAUCGCGCCCAAAUGCUUUAGAAUGUUUUGCGACAUUGGGGUGAGUUGUUUGUCUGAAGUUGGCACGCAGAGACCGUCCAUGAACGACAUCGUUUCCAAUCUUAUGUUUGCGCUGCAACUACAAGAAAGUGCAGAAAAUGAAGAGAGAAGAAAUUAG